CCCGCCGUCCGGGGAGCCUGAGCGAGGGCGCAGCCCGCCCAGCCGCAGCUACCUCAGCAGCCCCAAGCCUGUGUGCGUGCUUCCCCCUCGGAAGGAGCCGUCCGCUUUUGCGCUGCACAGUCGGGUUUGCAAGUCGGACCCACGGAUAAUAACUCGUGUUGCUACUCACCUAAGUUGAAUACGCACCGUGUGCACUUUAGUUUCCUGCUGGUGCUAUUGCACUACAGAAGACAGAGUUCUGAAAUCUCAGCUAUCAAGACAUCCAGCCCAAGUCUCAAUCUUGCCUUUACAAUGUUCCAGAGGCUGAAUAAAAUGUUUGUGGGUGAAGUGAAUACUACUUCCAAUCAAGAACCAGAAUUUAGUGAGAAAGAAGAUGAUGAAUGGAUUCUUGUUGACUUCAUAGACACGUGUACUGGUUUUUCAGUAGAGGAAGACGAUGAUGACGACAUCGGUGAAGAGUCGCCCACAGAGCACCCAUCAGUCUUUUCCUGUUUACCUGCAUCUCUUGAGUGCUUGGCUGAUACAAGCGAUUCCUGCUUCCUUCAGUUUGAGUCCUGUCCAAUGGAGGAGAGCUGGUUUAUCACCCCUCCCCCAUGUUUUACUGCAGGUGGAUUAACCACUAUCAAGGUAGAAACUAGUCCUAUGGAAGAUCUUCUCAUCGAACAUCCCAGCAUGUCUGUUUAUGCUGUGCAUAACUCCUGCCCUGGUCUCAGUGAAGCCAACUGUGGGACUGACGAAUUUCAUAACCCAACUAGUCCCAGAGUGGGAGCUCAAAAUGAAAUAGGGCAGCACAUUCAUUGCUAUGUUGCAGCUCUUGCUGCUCAUACAACUUUUCUGGAACAACCCAAGAGCUUUCGCCCUUCCCAGUGGAUAAAAGAACAUAGUGAAAGACAGUCUCUGAACAGAAAUAGCCUUCGUCGCCAAAAUCUUACCAGGGAUUGCUACUCUCGGCAAGUCAAGCACAAUGGCUGGGUUGUUCAUCAGCCCUGCCCGCGUCAGUACAAUUACUAAGAAUUUCAAGUUUGUUGGUUGGUUUCUCUUGGUUUGUGCAGUGUAUGUGGAUGUGUGUGUAUGUACAAGAAGAUGCUGUCUCUUUAAGGCCAACUGAUGACCAAUCAGAUAGUUUUAUUGGUGUGUUUAGACACUAUCUUGAAAACCAGAUUUACAUGCUGUGUAUCACAUAAUGCCUUGCUCUUCACAUUCACUUUUUAAAUAAUUUUUUUUCAGAAUGUUUUUGGAAACAUAUCAAUACAUUUACAGUGUUGGGUGUUUGGGGAUGUCUUUAAAUUUAUUAAGGUGUACAUGAAAAAGUCAGCAUUUUAAAGACAUUCUUCCCAAGUAUGAGAAUAGGCAUCUUACAAUUUCAUUUUGUUUUGUAUUACUUAAUCUUUUGAGUGAGCAAAAAUUUAUUCUCAGGGCCAGCCAUACACUUUAUUGACCAGUACUUGA